AAUUGCGAAAGAAUUUUCCCUGCCUCGUGAGGAGUAUGCCAGGUACAUAAGGAAUACUCUGCAGACGAUCGGCAGGUACACAGUCUGAUACUGCAAACUUUACAUCGCCCCAAUCCAGGAUAGAAAAAUCAUGUUUCCAUUGCUGUUACUCAUUUGUGCUUUGGCUCUUCCGGCCAGCAAUGCAAUCUCGGUUGAUCCCUCGUCAUCCGGCCAAGUCUCGCCUGUCGGGUCACCACCGGCGUUUGUUGCUGCACCACCGGUGUUUGCUGCUACUCCACCAGUUGCUCGGUACAUUGAACCCGUCAUUUUUAGCGCCAUUCGUGCCUCCGACAAGAGCAGAAAAUCCAAUUCGAAAAUCUUUUUCGACACCACCUUGAGCGAUGUCGGGUUUGGCUGGAAUGCCAAAAGCAGUGAAUUCGUCUGCUUCUACCCAGGCUCGUAUUUCUUCACGUUCACAGCUGUAUCCGACUCCAGCUCUCACUACAAAGCUGCUAUAGUCAAAAACAGCGAAGAGGUGGCAACUAUUUGGGGCGAACAAGUUGGCUACCAAUCGGCAUCCAAUUCGGUCAUCUUGAAUCUGGACAAGAACGAUCGUGUUUUUGUUCACUUAAAGGAGGGAGAAAUUUAUGAAACUUCAAAGGCAGGACGUGGCUACACGACUUUCUCAGGUUUCCGACUUCAUUGAAUUAAACUGUUUUUCCUCUUACCGUCCAGUUUAAAUUAGCUUUUUCGACUUCGGCUAAACAAAAAAUUCUAUUGUGGUAGUCUGUAUCCUGUAUGUCUGUCAGUACGCUAAAA